AUGGCGAAGGGGCUGAAACUGCUGAAUGUUCGUGAGACGAACGUGGAGGUACUGAAGCUGCCGACUAUUCGUUUUUCGAAUGGGGAAGUAAGAAAACUGCCGAACAUUCGGGAGUUAAACGGGGAGGUAGCCAUACUGUCGGCCAUUCGGCUGCCGAACGGGAAGGCAGAAAAACUGCUGAACAUUCGGUUUUUGUGUCCUCUAUUACAGGGAAUGAAGGAGAAGUGUCUGCUGGUGACAGGAGUUCGGGAAAGCGGCCAUUACAGGCAGGGUCCAGCGGAAAAAGGAGGAGCG